AGUUAAUUAAAUAUUUCUGCUAAACAAUGAAUUGCCGAUUAUGGAUGUGUAUUGUGCAAUGUUUGAGCUUUCUUGGGACUCUCUGUCCAAGUAAGCGUGAUACUGGAUUUUGCAUGUCACCAGAUAGCAUUGUCAUUAGAUGCUGCAUAGGGUUUUAUAUUAGUGGAGACAACUGUAUAGAAUGUGAACCAGGCACAACAGGUAAUAACUGCUCCUUGACCUGUCCACCAGACUUCUUUGGACUUCAAUGUAGUGAACAAUGUCACUGCUCUCCGGACAAGUACUGUGACCCAACAAGUGGCUGUUUGGCAAACAGUUCAGUAAUUACAUCUACAGGUUCAGGACGGGAAACAUCUGAUACAAUGACCAAAAAUCCAAAAGUUUCUGACUCAAAUCACUUUGACAAGACGGAAAUCCUGAUAGUGUGCAUCCUUCCUUUCUCAGUACCUGUCAUCGUCUGUUUUGUCAUUGGCAUGGUUUGUAUCAGGUAAAAGUUUUUACCUACUUCUUACAUUAAUAUCAUUGUAAAUUAUUAUUCAUUGUAUAAAUCAUUGAUACUCUAAUAAAGAAUGUCUUUAAG